AUGGAGGUGGAGGAGCGCGUCCAGGAGCAUGCGGUAAUGCUUUACCAUCUGGGCGCCGCCAUGGAUCACGUUGUCCAGACAAUGGACCGCUGUGGGAUCCGUCUCUCCAUGCCACAGGAGUACGACGGGAGUGCUGCCAACUGCCAGGGUUUCCUCCUCCAACUAAACCUCUACCUGGCCACGGCCCACCCAGCUCCAUCGGACCGUGCCCACGGAGUGAGAGAGGAGCCCCGGUUUUUGACGGCGCGCGCUGGAGAGAGCGUGAUCCUGGGAUGUGACGUGUCCCCUCCACUGGACGGCCAGCAGCCCCCCUACGUGGUGGAGUGGUUCAAGUUCGGAGUGCCCAUCCCCUUCUUCAUCAGCUUCCGCUUCCACCCUCCUCAUGUCGACCCAGAGUACACCGGUAGAGCCAGCCUGCAUGGGAAGGCGUCUCUUCAGAUUGACCCAGUGCGCUCAGAGGACCAGGGCUGGUACGAGUGUAGGGUUCUGAUGCUGGAGCAGCAAUACAACACCUUCCACAAUGGCAGCUGGGUGCAGCUCACAGUCAAUGCCCCUCCCACUUUUACGACCACGCCCCCACAGUAUGUGGAGGCCAAGGAGGGGGGCAGCACACUGCUGACUUGCUCCGCCCAGGGAAACCCCAAACCAAUGAUCAGCUGGCUGAGGGAGGGGGAGGAGCUUGCAACCAGUGGAAAAUACACGGUGCAUGAUGGGAGUCUGACGGUGCUGGGGAUCACUCGGGACGACAGAGGGGCGUAUACGUGUCGAGCCUUCAGCGACCAGGGAGAGGUACUCCACACCACCCGUCUGCUGGUCCAAGGGCCACCGUAUAUUAAGUCACCACCAGAGAACAUCACUGUCAACAUAUCCCAGAAUGCACGCUUCACCUGUCAAGCAGAGGCGUAUCCUGGAAACCUGACCUACACCUGGUUUUGGGAGGAAGAUAACGUCUACUUCACUAAGAAUGACCUGAAAAACCGAGUCCGCAUCCUCAUUGACGGAACCCUCCACAUCUUCCGGGUGAAACCAGAGGAUGCUGGGAAAUACACCUGCAGCCCAAGCAAUAGCCUUGGAACUCCACCGUCAGCAUCAGCACACCUCUCUGUUCAGUACCCUGCCCGUGUGCUCAACAUGCCCUCCAUCAUAUACGUUCCACGGAAACUUCCAGGGGUCAUCCGCUGCCCGGCGGACGCCAACCCGCCGGUGAUAUCAGUGAAGUGGGAGAAAGAUGGCUACCCUCUCAGAGUGGAGAAGUACCCCGGAUGGAGCCAGGCACCGGAUGGGAGUAUCCGGGUGGCGGAGGCCACAGAAGACUCCCUUGGCACCUACACUUGUAUGCCUUACAACACCCUGGGUACAAUGGGCCAGUCUGACCCGGCCACUCUGGUGCUAAAGGAUCCCCCCUACUUUAACGUGAGGCCUGGUGGGGAGUACCGCCAAGAGGCUGGUAGAGAGCUGGUCAUCCCCUGUGCUGCCUCGGGAGACCCUGAGAUACCAACCAUCACCUGGAGGAAGGUGGGGAAGCCCAGCAAGAGUAAGCACAACAUCCUCCCAAGUGGCAGCUUACAGUUCCUGUCCCUCAGCAAGGAGGAUCAUGGGGAAUGGGAGUGUGUGGCCACCAAUGUGGUCACCAGCAUCACUGCCAGCACGCGCCUCCUCGUCAUCGGCACCAGCCCACAUGCUCCAGGCAACAUUCGUGUGUUGCCCUCGGUGACCUCGGCCAAUGUGUCCUGGGAGCCGGGUUACGACGGAGGCUUUGAGCAGACAUUCUCAGUGUGGUAUGGCCCAGUGUUGAAAAAGGAGAAUUUUGGCCCCCAUGACUGGCACUCCAUGCCGGUGUCGGGGUCUCAGACGUGGUUGGUGGUGCCGGGGCUGGAGCCCAGGACAGAAUACCAGUUCAGCGUCCUGGCACAGAACAAGCUGGGCACAGGCCCUUUCAGCGAGGUCGUGACUGUUAACACAGUAGUGUCUCCCCUGAGUACCCCUGAACCACAGGUGCUUCUUACUCCACCACGGUGCCUCACAGCCAAUCGCACACAGCACGGCGUCCUGCUCACAUGGCUCCCGCCAGCCAAUCACUCCUCGCCUGUCGACCGCUACAUCAUGGAGUUCCGUCUCGGGGAGAGGUGGGAGGUCCUCGAUGAUCUGAUCUCUGCCGCUGAGACUGAGCUGAUGGCCAGGGACCUAGUCCAGGAGUCCUGGUAUGAGUUCAGAGUCAUGGCCGUCAUGGACGACCUCAUCAGUGAGAGCAGUAAUGUGGUGGGAGUGUCCAGCACAGAUCCCUUCCCCCCUACGGAGGUGACUGAAGAGGGGUUGGCGCUGCCCGUGGUUGCGGGCGUUGUGGCAACCAUCUGCUUUCUGGCGGCUGCGGUGCUCUUCAGUACUCUAGCAGCCUGCUUCGUCAACAAACAGCACCAACGCAAACUCAAACGCAAACCAGACCCUCCCCUGUCUGUAACACACUUCAGGAAAAGCAUUGACUCAUCGCUGUCCUCUGGGAAGAUCAGUCCAGAGAGCUCCCCUCCCGCCUCGCGGCCCCAGUCCCUGUCCUCAGAUGGGGCCCACGGCCCGGGCCUGUAUGUCAGGAGACUGCCCAGCCCUCAGAGAGACAAGGACAAAGAGCUCUCCUUCUACAAGAAAACCAAGCGUGCUAUAGCCAGCAAGAAGUACAGCGUGUCCAAGCACGAGGCAGAGGUCACCAGCCCUAUCGAGCUGAUCAGCCGCGGUCCCGACGGCCGUUUCAGCAUGGCCAGCCCGCCAUCAGCCCACCGCCGCAUCCAGGGCUUCCCAUUCGCCGAGGAGUCCGACAUGUAUCCUGAGUUCCGGCAGUCCGACGAGGAGAAUGACUUUGACUCCGGGCCCCUGCCCCCGAUCAUGGCCACGCUCCGACCACAGCUCUCCCCAACAUCCUCCAGCCUGGAGUCCACGCAGCCCCCCAACUACAGCCCCCGCCUCCACAGGCCCAUGGAAGGUAUGAGCUUUGUGGAGGGCAGUGGGCAUCAUGCUGCAGGGCAGGCCCCAGCCUCCCGCUACAGGCACUUUCCCCAGGUCCCCUUCUAUGGGUAUCUAGGCCGCGGUGAAUCGGGGAUUCCGCCACCUUUUUACAUGCCGGACAUCAGUCCGCAUAGCUCCGCUCUGUCUUCCCCCCCAGGCACUGCUGACGGGGGGCCCUACGGUUAUCCCUCCAUCCCAGAGGAGAGGGAAGAGAUGGAGCUCCAUCAUCAGUACACUUCCUCUGGCCAUUCCCUCCCACAUCCACACAGCCCUCCCCCUCGCUCCCCUCGCUCACCUGACAGCUGGCAGCCUCACGAGUUCCCCUUCCUGGGUCUAGAGGGGCCCCGCUUCAUUUAUCCACCUCAUCAUCCCUUACAUCAUCACCAGGACCUUCCCGACCCUCCACCGUACCCCCCUCUCCACUCUCUCCCCCCCAGCCGCCUGCACCUCCCCAGCCCUCGGCUCCUGCAGUUGGAGGUCCCCAUGGCUCCACAGGGCAGAGACCAACCCCCAGGCCCUCCAGCUAGGCGCUUAGCUAUGCAACAGGGCCAGAGUCUCGGCCAGCUCAGACACACAUCCCAUGGUGUGGGUGUACCAGUGUUGCCUUACCCUGACCCAUCAGCCCGUGCAGGGAGCCCAAGCACAGCCCCUAGCAGCAGCCCCCAGUCCUGGCUCAGCCCGAGGUCAAGGCGUAGGACAGACCCCUCCCUGCCCCCGCUGGUCCUCCAACCCUCCCGCCUCUCCCCCCUCUCCCAGAGCCCCCUUAGCACCCAGCCAGGUUCCCCAGAUAUCCUAGUCCGCCCACCACCCCACCCCAGCAUCCUCCGCACCUCCCGCUCUCUGGAGAUGCCUGAGAUCACCCUGCACCCCCAAGCCACCGUCAGUUUCUCCCGAAGGUCCUCCCUGGCCUCCUCCCCCACCCAGGGCCAGCAGGGAAGCCGCAGGCCCAGCCCCAGUUACCGUCCCCACAUGUCCUAUGCUUCUACAGCAGCCAGUUACCCCUCCCAGUCCCCUUCUCCCCCCUUGGAGAGCAGGGAUGUGUUCGGGCAGUGGCCGUCCCAGAGGAGGACAGAGGAGGAGAUGCUGCCCUCAGAGCCCUCCCAGCUCCAGAUAUCCGCCUCAGGGGAACCUCUAGGUGCGUCUAGUGAUCCUGCUGGGUCUGAGAGCUUACAGUCACUGCUACACCACUGUAUUACUAAAGCCAAGAGAGUGGCUGCCAACACCAAUAACAACUCCACUUCCAGGAGAAGAACAGGUGUGUCUCCCUCUCAGACCCAGCAGCAAUCCCAGACCCCCUCGGCUCACAGAGAAGAUCUCUACCUCCACAGGAAGAGGAAAAGGCAGAACAGGAAGAACCCAUAUCUCUUUCUAACCUCCCUCCUGCGCCGCAGCAGACGCUCUGAGGAGGACCAGGCGGCCAUCCUGGCCAGUACAGACUCAGACGGGCCCAACUACAGGACUCCCCACUGA